AUGCUCCCAUCCCUCCCAGACAACUGGAUCUCACUCCCCAUCCUGCUGAUCCUCGCAUACAAGAACCUCCCGUUUGUCUGGCUUAUCCGCUUCCUGCGCACCCUCCUAACCCGCCUCUUCAUCCUCCCCACCCACCAAAACCUCCAACCCAAUCACCUCUUCCUCCCGGCAAUCCACCGCACGCGCUCCCCCCUCUCCGAAUGCGACUACAACAUCCACAAGUCCAACUCGACCUACUUCACCGACCUGGACAUCUCGCGCGGGAACCUUUCCCUGCUGCUCUUCAGCCAGGGGCUAUCGUUCCGGCUUUGCGAGACUAAAGCCGUCAUGAUCCUGAGCGGCGUGCAGUGUCUUUUUCGGCGCGAGAUCAGGCCCUACCAGGGGUAUGAGGUGUGGUCGAGGGUGAUGAGCUGGGAUGAGAAGUGGGUGUUUGUGGUGUCGCAUUUUGUGGAGAGGGGGGUGUUUAAGGAGGGGGGGAGGGUGUUGCAGGGGGAUGAUAUAUCUGUAUCUAUAUCUACUUCUGGGUCUGGAUCUGGAGGGAAAAGCGAGGGGAUAGGAAAAGACGAUGCGCAGAAGAAGGUCUUCGCGUCGGCGGUCUCGAGGUAUGUGUUUAAGCAGGGAAGGAGGACGUUCCCGCCGCGGGAGAUGUUGGUGAAGUGUGGGCUUUUACCUAAGGGAGAUGGGGAGAGUGAGGAGGAUAGGAAAUUGAUGGAGGAUAUUGAGCAGCGCAGGAGGAGGGAUUUGGAGGCGGCGCAGUUGAAGAUGGGAUGGGAGGCGGUGCAUAAUUCAUUCGACGGGGACGUGAGUCGCGUGUUGGGACGGUAUACGGAUCUCUUGUGGCGGUGA